UCCAGCCGAGCCGAGGGGAAGAAGGAAGAGCGCUCGAGGCGCCACCGGUCCCUGCUCCGCCGCCCCGCCUCGGCAUCAGCCAUGAUUGCCUCUCAUUUACUCGCUUACUUCUUCACCGAACUGAGCCAUAACCAAGUGCAACGGGUUGACAAGUACCUCUAUCACAUGCGGCUUUCAGAGGAAACCCUCCAAGAGGUCUCAUCACGGUUCCGGAAGGAGAUGGAGAAGGGCCUUGGGAUUGAUACCAACCCUACAGCCUCUGUGAAAAUGUUGCCAACGUUUGUGAGGUCGACCCCUGAUGGAACAGAAGAGGGAGAUUUCCUGGCCUUGGACCUUGGUGGCACAAAUUUCCGGGUGUUGAGAGUCAAGGUUUCGGAUAAUGGCAGCAAGAAGGUAGAAAUGGAGAACCAGAUAUAUGCUAUUCCAGAAGAUCUCAUGAGGGGCAGUGGAGUGCAGCUCUUCGACCACAUUGCAGAAUGCUUGGCCAACUUCAUGGAACAGCUGCAGAUGAAGGAUAAGAAGCUGCCGCUGGGCUUCACCUUCUCCUUCCCUUGCUAUCAGACCAAACUGGAUGAGAGCAUCCUUGUGACGUGGACCAAAGGAUUCAAGUCCAGCGGUGUGGAAGGGAAGGAUGUGGUUACUCUGUUACGGAAAGCCAUCAAAAAACGAGGGGACUUUGACAUAGAUAUUGUCGCCGUGGUGAACGACACUGUUGGGACGAUGAUGACCUGUGGCUAUGAUGAUCACAACUGUGAAGUUGGACUUAUUAUUGGAACUGGAUCCAAUGCCUGCUACAUGGAGGAGAUGCGCCAUAUUGACUCGGUGGAGGGAGAUGAAGGGCGCAUGUGCAUCAAUAUGGAAUGGGGAGCCUUUGGGGAUGAUGGAGUCCUCAACGACAUCAGGACAGAGUUUGACCGGGAUAUUGACAUGGGCUCGCUGAAUCCAGGAAAGCAACUGUUUGAGAAGAUGAUUAGUGGCAUGUACAUGGGUGAACUGGUCAGGCUCAUCCUGGUGAAGAUGGCCAAGGAACAUCUCCUCUUUGGCGGGAAGCUCACAUCAGACUUGUUGACGACGGGGCACUUUGAGACCAGAUAUGUCUCUGCUAUUGAGAAGGAGAAAGAAGGCCUACAAAAAGCCUAUGAAGUCUUGUCAAAACUGGGCCUGGAUCCAACCCAUGAAGACUGUGUUGCCACCCGGCGCAUCUGCGAGAUUGUCUCUACCCGCUCAGCGAACCUCUGCGGUGCUGCCCUGGCUGCUGUGCUUCGGCGCAUCAAGGAGAACAAGGGUGUCGACAGACUGCGCUCUACUGUUGGAGUGGAUGGCACUGUGUAUAAGAAGCACCCGCAUUUUGCCCGCCGCCUUCACAAGAUGGUGCGCUGCCUCUUGCCCGACUGUGACAUCCGGUUUGUCCGUUCAGAGGAUGGGAGUGGCAAAGGGGCUGCCAUGGUCACUGCUGUGGCCUACCGGCUGGCAGCCCAGCACAAAACUCGCCAGAAGAUCCUGGAGCCCCUGAGGCUCAGCCAUGAGCAGCUGCUGGAGGUGAAGGAGAGGAUGAAAGAGGAGAUGGAGAGGGGCUUGGCCAGAGCGACCCACAAUGAGGCUACCGUGAAGAUGCUGCCUACUUAUGUGUGUGCCACCCCAGAUGGAACAGAAAAGGGAGACUUCCUGGCCUUGGAUCUUGGGGGCACGAACUUCCGCGUGUUGCUUGUGCGCAUUCGGAAUGGGAUGAGGCGCAGUGUGGAGAUGCAUAACAAGAUCUACUCGAUCCCACUGGAUAUCAUGCAGGGGACGGGAGAGGAGCUCUUUGAUCACAUUGUCCACUGCAUCUCGGACUUCUUGGAGUACAUGGGGAUGAAGGGGGUGUCACUGCCGCUUGGAUUCACGUUUUCUUUCCCUUGUCAUCAGACCAGACUGGAUGAGGGGAUACUCCUGAACUGGACUAAAGGUUUCAAAGCUACUGGCUGUGAAGGAGAAGAUGUGGUGGGUUUGCUGAAAGAUGCAAUUCAUAGGAGAGAGGAAUUUGACCUGGAUGUUGUAGCUGUUGUGAAUGACACUGUGGGCACCAUGAUGACCUGUGGGUACGAAGACCCCUAUUGUGAAGUUGGACUCAUUGUUGGAACGGGAAGCAACGCCUGCUAUAUGGAGGAGAUGAAAAAUGUGGAGCUGGUGGAAGGGGACGAGGGCAGGAUGUGCGUCAACAUGGAAUGGGGCGCCUUUGGAGACAACGGCUGCCUGGAUGACUUCCGGACUGAGUUUGAUGUUGCAGUGGAUGAGCAUUCCCUCAACCCCGGAAAACAAAGGUUUGAGAAGAUGAUCAGCGGGAUGUAUCUGGGUGAGAUUGUCCGGAAUAUUCUGAUCUGUUUCACCAAACGAGGGCUGCUCUUCCGUGGGCGGAUUUCUCAGCGGCUAAAGACGAGGGGCAUCUUUGAGACCAAGUUCCUGUCGCAGAUUGAAAGUGAUCGUCUAGCCCUGCUCCAGGUCCGUUCCAUCCUCCAGCACCUUGGCCUGGAAAGCACAUGUGACGACAGCAUAAUUGUGAAGGAAGUGUGCACAGCAAUUGCUCGGCGCGCUGCCCAGCUUUGUGGAGCAGGGAUGGCAGCUGUGGUGGACAAAAUCCGGGAGAAUCGUGGGCUGGACUUCCUUAAGGUCACAGUUGGUGUGGACGGGACCCUCUACAAACUUCAUCCCCACUUCUCCUCUGUUAUGUAUGAGACGGUGAAGCAGCUCUCUCCAAAGUGUGAGGUAACAUUUCUUCAGUCAGAAGACGGCAGUGGCAAGGGUGCAGCGCUCAUCACUGCUGUGGCAUGCCGAAUCCGGGAGGCUGGUCAGCACUAACCAUCUGGGGGCGGAGAGCUGGUUCCAACAUGGUGGAUGCUCCUUGUUCACCCUUGGCUCCCCUCACCACUACAGGCAACUCCUUGCUUGGCUUCUUCUCAGCAGAUACAACCCUUCAGACUCCAGACUCUGUCUCUCUUGUUUAAACGUAUUCCUUGAGCUCUUCCGCAUGCUAUAAGAGCACAUAUCGAGUAGAGCUUAAAGUGGUGCUUGGGCAUCUCCUUCCAGUCCCUGCCUUACACAGAGUUUCCAUUGGAUGUCACCCAUCACCGUCCCAACCCGGGUCUUCUAGAGAACUGGCGGGCAGUGAAGAAAUGGUUCUGUCACUUUGCAUCAAGUAGUAAUCUUAUAUCCAAAUCUUGACAUUGGUGUAGCAGAAAAUGUAAAAGAAAGCCAAAGCUCUUUCAAAACUGGGCUGAAGAAUCGACCUGCUGUUGUUUCUGUGAAAAAUCUUGGUACUUUUUUUUUUUUAAGGGACAGGUUGUACGGAUUUUAAGAUAAUGCUCCUUGAAGGAUACAAGUAUCCGUACAGGGAGAGCAGAGGGUGCUGCUAUUUGAAGGUACCUGUUAAAUUGUGUGAAAGGUGUGUCUUUAAUCCAAAUGGCUGAGCCAUGUGCCUGGAAAUGUUUGAUGACCCUCUUCCAGCCUGUCCUUUCCCAUUUAGAUUUAAAUCUAACCCAUGGAUUUGGUGCCAUACAGGUGCCUGUUUGGAGGCUGCUGCUGCUCCUACUUUCCGCUGUGGAUUCUGUAAAUAACUCCCCCCCAACAGAAGUCCUUUCUCUUUCCACAAAAGAGCACCACCUUUAAUGUGGAGUGAGGAAUAGCUUAUUUUUGUCUGUGAAAUAGCAUCCUCAUCUUACCUCACACGUGGCUUGACACUCUAACCAGUUUCUCAAAAACUUGUUUGUUCUCCUCCCCCUUAUGUAUAGUUAGAGAGAAAAACAGAGAUUCUAUGUGUGUGUGUGUGUGUGUGUGUGUGUUGUGUGUAUAAUAAAAAAGCAGGGAUUCUUUGUGUGCAAGUGAAGAGAGAAUACUUUGUAAAAUGAAAUGUUUCUAAGGGAUGACUUCAGAGGCAAAUUGGAGGCUGGAAUUUGGUCUGACAUUUUAGAGGAGGAAUAUUCACAUCAGUAAUUUUUGGACCCCUCAAAGGAAACUGGAGAUUGUUCAUAUCGGUUAAAUAACAUCACCAAAUUCUUGUUCCUGCUGCUUGCAGUUGUCAUUUCCCACAAAGCAAUCUUUUAAACAUGGACCACAACCUUUGUUCCAGUGAUGUGUGCACAAGUGUAAUGAAUGGCGAUUGUGCUGCAGUAGUAUGUUAAGGUUAGUCCUCUAUUCUAAUCCGCCAUGAAAGCCCUGUUAUUGUUAUUGGAAAAGGAUAAGUCCCUGACAUGUAUUACAUGGGUGAGUCUUGGGAAAAUAUCCUCUUGCAUCUUGUUCCCACCCCAAAGGGAUAACAAUUUGUGCCUAGAUCUUCUGCCUCCUGCAGUCUGUUUUCACUUUUGGCCAUAUUUAUUUUCUACUCAACAUGAAUGUUGAAUAGAACUUCUGAUUUUCACAGUUAUAAGAUGUAGGGUCUUGUUUGUUUCUCAGCCUCCAACCGUACAAAAAUUUAGAAAUGAACACAAUCACUAAGCCUGAGACCCAUUAAAGUCCUCAGCGACCUUAACUUAUAUAUAACUGGGAUGGGAUUCCUUUGGAGACAAACAGAAAGGAGUGUAUGUUGUAUGUGUUCCAAACUUCAUUUUGAACCUUUUUGAGAUCUUUCUUUAAGGUAUUUUCAAAGAUCAUUGCUAGGCCAUUCUGUGUGGCUUUCAAUUCCUCAUCUGUUAGUUCAGUUAUUACAGUGAAGGGGAUCAUGGACUUUUGUGAGGGCUCUGCCAUGAGAAAAAAUUGUCAACCAGCAAAUCUCUAAUAAAACAGAAAAUAUUUUUGGUAUCUAUUUUAGCACAAGGUACCCAAGAAAUCCUUGGGUGGGCUGUCAGUUUGAAGAGAGAAUAUUUUUCUCUAUUUUUUUACGUCUAUGUAUAUAUUUAUAUGGCUUGGAAUAACUAAAUACCAAAAGAAUCUCUCCAGUCUGUUGGGGUACCAAUUCAGAUUUAAAGCACAUUUAUUUUUUUCUGUCUCUCUCCUUUUUUUAAUUUUAAAUGUUUGCAUAUUUUAUAAGAAGCUUCAGAGUUGCAAUAAAGACAAACAUUCUGAAAUGCAUUUCAAAAUAGUGAAAUUGAACUCUGAUGUAGGGCAAGCAUCAAGAUUAAAAAAGUUUUACAUAAAGAAAAGAUUUGACUAAUUACAAACCCAAACAGAUUUGUGUAACAGUUGAUUGAAAAUAGCCUGCGUUCGCUGAACUGAUAGAAACACAAAUGUAUGAUCUAGUGUAUUCUGGAGAAAGCAAAGAGGAUAUUUUUUAAACUUGAAUAUCAGGGGGCUGCCACAUUGUACCCCGCCCUGAGAUGCAUUGUAUUUCACCAAAAGUGAACGUUAAUGAAUAGAAAAUUUUAUUUUUAUAGUGACUGUUAAAGGGAAAAAAGAGAACAAUAAAGUGAGUUUUGUGUGUGA